UCAUGCAGCUCAUGGAAGAUGCUCAUCUAGAGCAUAGAGCUAGAUACGACCCGAUUGCAAUGAGGAAGUCGGGCUUCUGCCGAGUCGUGCAUUCAGCCCACCAAUUUGCUUUCACAUGCUUUCCACCCAUACUCGAUGCCAGUCCUUCGUCCUCAUCUCCGUCUCGCCACCGUGCAAAAUCUUAGGCAGGAUGAUAUGGGUGCAGUCGGUGGUCUGGGACUCAAUGAUAUCGUUAAUCUCUAGCGCAUUCAGCGCCUCAAACAGUGCUUCCACAGUAGCGUUCUAUCCGAAUGGAGACAGCCAUCGUAGUUGGACAAGAUUGAGUAAGGAAAGGAUAUUCAUACUCGUGCAAAGUGAUGCAUAUCUCGUUGAUAGCGUCUUACAUUCGCCUACGAAUAACGUGAAUGUCUGGGUGUCAGCUCAGUCAACCACAGAGCCUGUAGUGCGUAGUGGGAGAAGAACAUCGGCCCCACCAGUGCCGAAAUCGACACUCUGGGAGAAACCCGAACUCCUGUAUGAGCCCACCGCGUGAGGUCCAGCGCAGACGUUCGGAGAACGCGCACCGCCUCCGCUGGGCAUCAUCAUCGCUGGUGAAGCAUGGCUUGAGCGAAGUAUCAGGAACGAGAACGGGAGCAGUCG